AUGAAGUUCGUGGUCUUGGCUUUGUUUGUUGCUGGCGCCUACGGGUGUGGCCUCCCCACCUUCCCCCCCAUCCUCAGCAGAGUGGUUGGUGGAGAUCAAGCCCGCUGGCACAGCUGGCCCUGGCAGGCCUCUCUGCAGUACCAGAGCGGCAGCUACUUCUACCACUCAUGCGGUGGAACUCUGAUCUCUGAUCAGUGGGUCCUGACUGCUGCUCACUGCAUCGGCAGUCGCACCUAUAGGGUCCACUUGGGAAAACACAACAUAAAGUUGAAUGAGGACGGUUCCAUCGCCAUCAGCCCUGAGAAAAUCAUUAUCCACGAAAACUACGACUCCAAAAAGAUCCGUAAUGACAUCGCCCUGAUCAAGCUUUCAACUCCCGUCAAAUUUUCCAACACAAUCAUGCCAGCCUGUCUUCCCAGUUCUGGUGAAAUCCUGCCUCAUGGUGCCCCCUGCUACGUCACCGGCUGGGGACGGAUGUGGACUGGAGGUCCUCUUUCCAACACCCUGCAGCAGGCCCUCCUCCCUGUGGUCGACCACUCCACCUGCUCCAGGUCCGACUGGUGGGGCAGUGUGGUCACCACCGACAUGCUCUGUGCUGGAGGAGAUGGACUGGUGGCGAGCUGCAAUGGAGACUCUGGCGGUCCCCUGAACUGUCAGAACGCUGAUGGCUCCUGGGGUGUCCAUGGAGUGGUGAGCUUUGGUUCAAGUUUGAGCUGCAACUACGAGCAGUUGCCCUCCGUCUUCACCAGAGUCAGCGCCUACAUGUCCUGGAUCAACAAUGUGAUGACCAAGAACUAAGAUGUGGAUUCAUCUUUGGAGAACAUUGUGGAGGGUUGCACCAUGAAAUAAAGAAUGGAGUGGUUAAUA